AGAGCAUUAUUUCCAGAAGAUAUGGUGGCAUCAAGCCUCCCCUGAAGUGUGGAUCCAAUGGAAUAAUAAAAUAUGCUAGUCCGAGAAGCACAUCAGAAUGUAUAGAGCAGGAGAGACGGUGAAGCGGCCGCUGCCUGGGCCGGGGCCCCUGCGGAUGCGCAGUGUGGAAGUUGCCCGGGGGAGGGCUGGCUACGGAUUCACCCUUUCCGGACAGGCACCUUGUGUGCUCAGCUGUGUCAUGAGAGGGAGCCCUGCGGAUUUUGUUGGCCUCCGCGCUGGAGACCAGAUAUUUGCCAUCAAUGAAAUCAACGUGAAGAAGGCUUCUCAUGAAGAUGUAGUGAAGUUAAUUGGGAAGUGCUCUGGCGUCCUGCACAUGGUUGUUGGUGAAGGCAUUGGCCACUUUGAGUCCUGUUCCAGUGAUGAAGAAGGGGGACUGUAUGAAGGGAAGGGCUGGCUGAAGCCCAAGCUGGAUUCUAAAGCACUAGGUAUUAACCGAGCAGAGAGAGUUGUGGAGGAAAUGCAGUCUGGUGGGAUUUUUAAUAUGAUUUUUGAGAAUCCGAGCCUUUGUGCAAGCAGUUCAGAGCCCUUGAAAUUGAAACAACGAUCCCUUUCAGAGUCGGCUACAGCUCGAUUUGAUGUUGGACAUGAAAGUAUAAAUUAUCCAAAUCCCAACAUGCUUUCUAAGGAGGAAAUCUCCAAAGUUAUUAAUGAUGAUUCCGUUUUUAGUAUUGGACUGGAAAAUCACGACGAUUUUGUAUUAGAUGCAAGUAUCUUGAAUGUUGCCAUGGUUGUGGGCUAUUUAGGGUCCAUUGAACUUCCUUCCACAAGCUCUAACCUGGAGUAUGACAGCUUGCAAGCCAUCCGCGGCUGCAUGCGGCGCCUACGGGCAGAGCAGAAAAUCCAUUCGCUGGUGACAAUGAAGAUUAUGCAUGACUGUGUGCAGUUGAGUGCCGACAAGGCUGGGGUCCUGGCUGAGUACCCGGCUGACAAGCUGGCCUUCAGUGCUGUGUGCCCGGAUGACAGGCGGUUUUUUGGGCUGGUGACCAUGCAGACAAAUGAUGAUGGGAGCCUGGCCCAGGAGGAGGAGGGUGCUCUGCGGACUUCCUGUCAUGUAUUUAUGGUGGACCCAGACUUAUUUAGUCACAAGAUCCACCAAGGCAUUGCUCGGAGGUUUGGGUUUGAGUGCACAGCAGACCCCGACACCAACGGCUGUCUGGAAUUCCCAGCAUCCUCCCUUCCCGUCCUGCAGUUCAUCUCCGUCCUGUACCGAGACAUGGGUGAACUGAUUGAGGGUGUGCGGGCCCGUGCCUUUCUGGAUGGGGAUGCUGAUGCCCACCAGAACCACAGUACCAGCAGCAACAGUGAUAGUGGCAUUGGGAACUUCAACCAGGAAGAGAAGAGCAAUCGUGUACUUGUGGUGGACCUGGGUGGGAGCUCCAGCAGGCAUGGCCCGGGUGGCACCUCAUGGGAGGCUGCAGGUGGGAGGGCCACCCAGCCCUGGGGUGCCUCCUGGACAGGAGCCUUCUGUCAUGACCCUGAGGGGAGUGCCCCGUUCGAGGUCGCGCCACAGACUGACAGAUUCCGGGACCUGAACAAGCAUUUAGGAUUGGCCUCGCCCACGGAGAUCCCCCCGGCUUCCUUGCGGAGCUCAGUGCCUCCUUCCAGGAGGGGCACUGCAGGUGCGGGCUGUGACUUCAGCCAGCGGUGGCUCCCAGUCCAUGUGCUCCGGGAGUGGCAGUGUGGACAUUCCAGUGACCAGGAGUCUUACACAGAUUCCACCGAUGGGUGGUCCAGCGUCAACUGUGGCACACUGCCCCCUCCCAUGAGCAAGAUUCCCGCAGACCGGUAUAGGGUCGAGGGCAGUUUGGUGCAGCCCCCUCUGAGCGCCCAGAAGAGGGACUGGUCCAGGAAGGCUUUUGGGAUGCAAAACAUUUUUGGUCCCCAUCGAAAUGUUCGAAAGACUAAAGAAGACAAAAAGGGCUCAAAAUUUGGGCGGGGAAUUGGACUUGCUCAGACUUCUCAACGCACCUCUGCUCGGAGAUCAUUUGGAAGAUCCAAAAGAUUUAGUAUCACACGCUCCCUUGAUGAUCUUGAGUCUGCAACUGUGUCUGAUGGUGAGUUGACGGGCACCGACCUGAAGGACUGCGUGAGCAACAACAGCCUGAGCAGCAAUGCCAGUCUCCCCAGUGUGCAGAGCUGCCGGCGCCUGCGGGAGAGGAGGGUCGCCAGCUGGGCCGUGUCGUUCGAGCGUCUGCUACAGGACCCCGUCGGUGUCCGCUACUUCUCUGACUUUCUAAGGAAAGAAUUCAGCGAAGAAAACAUUUUGUUCUGGCAGGCCUGUGAAUAUUUUAAUCAUGUUCCUGCACAUGACAAAAAAGAGCUUUCCUACAGGGCCCGGGAGAUUUUCAGUAAGUUUCUGUGCAGCAAAGCUACCACCCCGGUCAACAUCGAUAGCCAAGCCCAGCUGGCAGAUGACGUCCUCCGUGCACCUCACCCCGACAUGUUCAGGGAGCAGCAGCUCCAGAUUUUCAAUUUGAUGAAGUUUGAUAGCUACACUCGCUUUCUGAAGUCCCCGCUGUACCAAGAAUGUAUCCUGGCGGAAGUGGAAGGCCGUGCUCUCCCGGACUCGCAGCAGGUUCCCAGCAGCCCGGCUUCCAAGCACAGCCUCAGUUCAGACCAUUCCAAUGUGUCCACGCCAAAAAAGUUAAGUGGAAAAUCUAAAUCAGGGCGAUCCCUGAAUGAAGAGCUGGGGGACGAGGACAGCGAGAGGAGGCGGAAAGGCGCAUUUUUCUCUUGGUCGAGGACCAGGAGCACUGGAAGGUCCCAGAAGAAGAAGGAGCAUGGGGACCAUCCAGAUGACCCCCUGCCUGCCAAUGGAGGCCUGUGCCGCCGAGAGUCCCAGGGCUCCAUGUCCUCUGCGGGGAGCCUGGACCUGUCAGAGGCCUGCAGGACCUUGGCGCCUGAGAAGAACAAGGCCACCAAGCACUGCUGCAUCCAUCUUCCAGACGGGACGUCCUGCAUAGUGGCUGUCAAGGCUGGCUUCUCCAUCAAAGAGAUCCUAUCUGGACUCUGUGAGCGACAUGGCAUCAACGGGGCUGCCGUGGACCUCUUCUUGGUGGGCGGGGACAAGCCUCUGGUGCUGCAUCAAGACAGUAGCAUCUUGGAGUCAAGGGACCUGCGCCUAGAAAAGCGUACUUUGUUUCGGCUGGAUCUCGUUCCAAUUAACCGGUCAGUGGGACUCAAGGCCAAGCCCACCAAGCCUGUCACAGAGGUGCUGCGGCCUGUGGUGGCCAAGUAUGGCCUGGAUCUCAGUGGCCUGCUGGUGAGGCUGAGUGGAGAAAAGGAACCCCUGGACCUCGGCGCCCCAAUAUCGAGUCUGGAUGGACAGCGUGUCAUCCUGGAGGAGAAGGACCCUUCCAGAGGAAAAGAUAAACAGAAAGGUGUAGCAGUCAAGCAGAAUACAGCCAUCAGUUCCAGCUCCAGAAAUCACUCGGCUACGGGAGAGGAAAGAACACUAGGCAAGUCUAAUUCUAUUAAAAUAAAAGGAGAAAAUGGAAAAAAUGCUAGGGAUCCCCGGAUUUCAAAGAGAGAAGAAUCUAUUGCAAAGAUUGGGAAAAAAAAAUAUCAGAAAAUUAAUUUGGACGAAGCAGAGGAGUUUUUUGAGCUCAUUUCCAAAGCUCAGAGCAACAGAGCAGAUGACCAACGUGGGUUGCUAAGGAAGGAAGACCUGGUGUUGCCGGAGUUUCUUCGUUUGCCUCCUGGUGCCACAGAACUCACCCUGUCCUCCCCAGACGCAGCCAAGGGCUUUAGCAAGAGAAUUGUGAGCAGCAGCAGCAGGGAGGAUGCUUCCCAGCUCGGCGAGCAGUGGGAACCAGCCCAGGACAGCAGUGGCAGCCCAUCUACCAGCCCUGGCUCGGGCCACAGCCCCCCUGGGCCUCUGGAAACGACCUCGCCUGGGCAGAAGCCUCCUAGCGGGCCCCUCUGUACUCCCCAGGUUCCUGGGCCCCUCACGCAGGAGGGUGCGACACAGAUCUGGAAGAGGCAGUCGCGAGAAGUAGAAGCCGGGGGCAUCCAGACCGUGGAGGACGAGCACGUGGCCGACCUGACCCUGAUGGGGGAGGGGGACAUCAGCUGCCCCAGCAGCACAUGGCUGCCGGCGCCCCCUGGCCCCCGGGACACACCCAGGCCUCCGAGACCAGGCAGUGGGGCCUGCAGCAUCCCAGGCCUCCCGGUCAACAGAAUCAUCGAUGUGGACCUUGUCGCUGGCUCAGCACUUGGGCUGGGGAGCAGCGUCCUGGGGGCGCGGGUGGGCCCCAGGAGGUCUCAGGCUGGCGGGCCCCCAGUGUCAGACCUCCCUGGCCUGAGCCCCGCCCAUUGCGGGCCUGCCAAGCCCAAGGCCAGCACACACCACGCGACCUUCGUCUGA